UCUCUCUCUCUCUCUCUCUCUCUCUCUCUCUCUCCUCUCUCUCGCUCUCGCUCGCUCGCUCUCGUCUUGUUCUGAAACUUUUGUGUCGGAGCUAGUUACGGCGGCGAGGACCAAAUGCCUCGCACCACCACUAUCGAGGCGCCCGGUUGUCCGCCUCUCCGUGCUCUCACCUUUGACUCUCUCGGCCUUAUCAAAGUGAUUGAAGCUCGUGGUAAGGAGAGAGGGCUUGCGACUGUUGUCGAUAGAUGGGGUGAACCGGAUUCUUCUAGAUGUGUUCUUGCCGCUUCCAUGAACGACCGACACAGAGAUCCGCUACUGGCAGUUGCAAGAAAAAAUGGUUCUAUUGAGGUUCUUAAUCCUCUUAAUGGCAAUCUUCACUUUACAUUCUCUGUGGCUGGUGAUGAUGGCUGCCAAGCUGAGGAUGAUGAAGUUACUGGUUUGCAUCUAUUCAGAAAACAAAACCCGGAUCAUGAAAAUAGGACAUGUACGUUGCUUACAUGCAAGAAAAAGGGAGAUGUGAGCCUCAGAUCAAUCAGUUUUCCGGAUGGACAAAAAGAUUCUCUGGAUAUAUCUUCUGCAAAAACCUGGAAAGCAUGUGGAUCGGGUGAUUUAUUGUUCGCUAAAGUGGAUGGAAGUGAAAACUUCGCCUUAUCCGGAGGGAAAAGGGUUGAAGUCAAUAUAUGGGAUCUUGAUAAGUGUGCUAAGAUAUGGAAUGCAAAAUCUCCUGCUAAGGACAGCCUCGGGAUCUUCACCCCGACUUGGUUUACAUCUGCCGCAUUCUUGAGUGAUGACAAUCACCGUAAAUUCGUCGCUGGAACCAACAGUCACCAGGUUCGUGUGUAUGACAUUUCUGCACAGCGCAGACCAGUGUUGUCUUUUGAUUUCCGUGAAACGGCCAUCAAAUCAGUUGCUGAAGACACAGAUGGGAAUACUAUUUAUGUGGGGAAUGGUUCAGGCGACCUCGCCUCUUUUGAUAUACGCACCGGAAAGAUGAUGGGAUGCUUUGUGGGGAAGUGCUCAGGGAGCAUAAGAUCCAUAGUUAGGCAUCCACUUCAUCAUGUUAUAGCAUCUUGUGGAUUAGAUAGAUAUGUGCGAGUAUGGGAUGUAAAGACACGACAACUCCUUUCCUCGGUUUUCUUGAAGCAGCAUCUUACGGGUCUCGUUUUCGACUCGGGAUUCAACGGCAAAGACUCGGCUGAAGGGAACGGCACUGAGGAUGCGGAAGAAGAGGAGACGGAGAAGAACGGAAACAACGACGGGAGCGAAGACGAGACGGAGAUAGCUUCUGGAAAGAGGAAGACGUCGAAGAAAGCGAAACGGAACAGACAUAGUGUUGAGGAAUCCGACCAGGACGACAACAACAAUAAGAUGAAGAUGAUGAUGAUGAAGAAGAAGACGAAGAGCAAAAAGGCCAAACACGGCCGAGAUUUAGAUUGAGCUAACAAGAACCAUAGCCGCCAUUUUUUUACGUAUACGCCAUUAACACAAGAAAACAAAUUCAUUAGAUUUUCAAGAAAAGCAUGAUAAUGGUCUUAUGAAUU